GGGGUGGGAGAUAAGAGAUUGCGAUUUGGGCCAUGUGUGUGUAAUUUGGAAAGAACAAAGUAGGGAUUAGCAGAGAAUCAAGAAUGGAGUGUAGCACUCAUCAACCUUCCUUCAUUGUGUUAGUGGUGUCUUAGUGGUGUGGUGUGGUGUGGUGUGGUGUUACUCACAAUUCACAAACACUGUAAAAUUAAUUUCCCUUUUCCCUUUCUUCCUGUGUGUUGUGUUGUGUUGUGUUGUGUUGUGUGUGUGCUUUCACUUUCUCUCGGUGGGUGUGGGUAUGAUUAUGCAUCUUAUGCUACAAUCGCAAUUGCCCGAUCUAGAGGAAGACAGCCUUUUGUGACCGACACGACACCACAGCUGUAUCCAAUCCAGGCCACGAAGGAAGGAAACUUAGAUUUCUGAAUUAUUUACUAACCUAACCUAACCUAACCUAACCUAGGGUUUGGUGCGGGUGCCAUGGCGACUUCGUCGAACCCUAGCAGCUGGCGCGAGGGCAUGUCCUCCGAUAACAUUAAGGGUCUAGUCCUCGCUCUCUCAUCAAGCUUCUUCAUCGGCGCCAGCUUCAUUGUCAAAAAGAAGGGUUUGAAAAAAGCAGGCGCCAGUGGAAUCCGAGCAGGAAGUGGAGGUUAUUCGUACUUGUAUGAGCCGCUUUGGUGGGUGGGCAUGAUAACUAUGAUUGUCGGAGAGAUUGCCAAUUUUGCAGCAUAUGCAUUUGCUCCAGCUUUAUUGGUCACCCCUCUUGGUGCUCUUAGCAUUAUUAUAAGUGCUGCCCUUGCUCAUAUUAUUUUACGGGAAAGGCUACAUAUCUUUGGAGUUCUUGGUUGUGCUUUGUGUGUUGUGGGGUCUACGACAAUUGUUCUACAUGCCCCUCAAGAACGGGAAAUUGAAUCUGUGACAGAAGUUUGGGAUCUUGCUAUGGAGCCUGCAUUUCUCUUCUAUGCAGCUUUGGUUAUCACAGCUGCUUUUGUUCUCAUCUUCCACUUCAUUCCUCUGUAUGGCCAGACACACAUAAUGGUUUAUAUUGGUGUUUGUUCUCUUGUUGGUUCUCUAUCGGUUAUGAGUGUUAAGGCUCUUGGAAUUGCCAUAAAGUUAACUCUGUCAGGGAUGAAUCAGCUUAUUUACCCUCAAACUUGGGUAUUCACUCUAGUUGUAACUGUUUGUGUUCUUACCCAAAUGAAUUAUUUGAAUAAGGCACUGGAUACUUUUAAUACGGCAGUGGUAUCUCCAAUAUAUUAUGUCAUGUUCACAACAUUAACCAUUGUGGCUAGUGUUAUCAUGUUUAAGGACUGGGAUAGGCAAAGUCCAACACAAGUUAUAACAGAAAUAUGUGGGUUCGUGACAAUACUUUCAGGAACUUUUCUUCUUCACAGGACUAAGGAUAUGACUGAUGGUCAUGGUUUGCAAUCAUCUUCAUCAAUUAGACUUCCUAAGCAUUCCGAAGAGGAUGGCUUUGAUGGUGGUGAAGGCAUUCCUCUUAGACGGCAAGAAACUUCGAGAUCGCCAUGAUGUAUUCUUUGUGUUAUAUCUUGCAUAUCUAAAUGAGCUUGAGGCGCUGGGGAGGGUUUUAGCCAACUGCCAAUGUCAUCGUGUAUUCUACUGAUUAUUUUCCCUCCCCAUCAUAUUUUUUUCCUGAUACAGUUGGAGUGGAAGAUGGGAGUUUCCUACCAGUCUUCUUUUGGCGUGCUGAUGAUUAUGCUUUCUGAUCUUGCCUUGUAUACCCCUCUUCACUCCAUACCCAAGACAAAGGCCAAUGUAAUUUUGUGCACACUGAUCAUAGAUAGUGUACUUCAGUUUAAAUGAAAGUAUUCACCAUCAAAUUUUGAAUUGGACAGUGCGGCAAUGUUAUUAUCAGUGUCUGCCAAUGGAACUCGAACUGACCGCCAUAUUCCAUUCCUAUUUGCACUUGUCAGAGCAAAAUAUGGAAGUCAGGAUAUGUAGAUUUUAAAGUCAAAAGAAUUGUUUAAUA